CAUUUUGUCGUCCACUCCAUUCUUAUCGUAUUAAUGCCCAACUCACUCUCACUCUCAUCCUCAUGCAUGCAUGUUACAUGUACUUCAUCUUCAAUUUCAACCCGCAACUUCACGCCGCCACUUUCAUCACCAUCCUCCAAUCACACCCCGCCACGUGUCACUCCGCCGCCACUUCUCCUACAUAACACCACCACCACCCCACCAUCCGAAACCCAACACUCACUCCAUCAUGGGUAAACAAACAACAACUACUGAAGAAGUCCAAACCGGGUUCAAACUCCUCGGGUUCAACCGCUUCGUCCGGUCCAACCCAAAAUCAGACCGGUUCGCCGUGAAAAGGUUCCACCACAUCGAGUUCUGGUGCUCCGACGCCACCAACGCCGCACGCCGCUUCUCCUGGGGCCUCGGCAUGCCGCUCGUCGCAAAAUCAGACCUCUCCACCGGAAACCACUCUCACGCCUCCUACCUCCUCCGCUCCGGCGACCUCUGCUUCCUCUUCUCCGCCCCAUACUCUCCCAAAAUCUCCCUCCCCUCCACCGCCUCCAUCCCCACUUUCUCCGCCUCCACCUGCUUCGCCUUCUCCGCCGCCCACGGCCUCGCCGUCCGCGCCGUCGCCGUCGAAGUCGCCGACGCCGUCCAAGCCUUCUCCGCCUCAAUCAACCACGGCGCCAUCCCCGUAUCCCCCCCUGUCCUCCUCGACAACCGCAUGAAGCUCGCCGAGGUUCAACUCUACGGCGACGUCGUCCUCCGCUACGUCAGCUACAACGACCCGACCCGUGUGUCCGACCCGGACCCGACAAACUGGUUCCUCCCCGGGUUCGAGCCUGUAGAGGAGGCCUCGCCGGUGUUGGACUACGGGAUCCGGCGACUCGACCACGCCGUCGGGAACGUGCCGAAGCUGGCUCCGGCGUUGAGCUACGUCAAGGGGUUUACUGGGUUUCACGAGUUCGCUGAGUUCACUGCAGAGGAUGUUGGAACGAGUGAGAGCGGGUUGAACUCGGUGGUUUUGGCGAACAACGAUGAAACGGUGCUGCUUCCGAUGAACGAACCGGUUUAUGGGACGAAGAGGAAGAGCCAGAUAGAGACGUAUUUGGAGCACAAUGAAGGUGCUGGGUUGCAGCACUUGGCUCUGGUGAGUCGUGAUAUCUUCAUGACUUUGAGGGAGAUGAGGAAGAGAAGUGGGGUUGGUGGGUUUGAGUUCAUGCCUUCUCCUCCACCUACAUACUAUAAGAAUCUCAAGAACCGAGUUGGGGAUGUGUUGAGUGAUGAUCAGAUUAAGCAGUGUGAGGAGCUUGGGAUUCUGGUGGAUAGGGAUGAUCAGGGUACUCUGCUUCAGAUUUUCACUAAGCCUGUUGGAGAUAGGCCAACCAUAUUUAUUGAGAUAAUCCAGAGAGUUGGAUGCAUGGUGAAGGAUGAGGAAGGGAAGGAAUACCAAAAGGGUGGGUGUGGAGGGUUUGGUAAAGGCAAUUUCUCUGAGCUCUUCAAGUCCAUUGAAGAAUAUGAGAAGACUUUGGAAGCUAGAAGAACUACAUGACCCAAAAGAAUAUGUGAUCUCAAUGCACUGUAAUGUGGUGCUUUCUAGGCCAUCUAGUUAUCACUGCAAUGCUGAUAUUUGUUGGUCUUCUCUUCAUUACUUUUACUAAGUGGAGGUAGUAGCUGGAGCUCUUCCACAAAGGAAUUGAUGGUGCCUAUAGUCUUUAUCUUGUAUAAUAAUAGAUAAUAAAAUUGGAAGCACAGCCUUUACAAAAGAUCAAACAAACUUUGUCAGAUAUUUUUCUGUCAGAUACUCUUAAAUGGGAACGGAAAUAUACUUAUGUUA